GGGCUGGGCUACACUUAUUGAGCCCAGAAGCCCAAACGAAUUUUGUGGAAAAAGAACCUUCCUCCUCCAUACACCAAAUUCCCAAUUAUCAUUCAUUCAUCUCAAUCUCGAACCCUAACUUGUUCAUCGUAUCGAUAGGAGAAAUCAAUCAAUCGCCAUUAAAAUGGGGAAACAACCAGUAAAACUGAAAGCAGUUGUUUACGCUUUAUCUCCAUUCCAGCAGAAGAUUAUGACCGGUCUAUGGAAGGAUCUUCCCGGUAAAAUCCAUCACAAAGUCUCUGAAAAUUGGAUCAGUGCUUCUCUAUUGCUCGGUCCUCUCAUCGGCGUUCACUCGUAUGUGCAGCACUUCCAGGAGAAGGAGAAGUUAGAACACAGAUACUAAUGUUACAUUCCCCAUUUGAACGAGGGAGGACCUCUGUUUGUAUUUUUGUUUUGAACAGGAAAUAAUAAGUCAUGUUUUGGAACUUUCUACCAUCAUUUUGAGGAUAUUUACUUUUAUGGCCUAUUAAAUGCAAACUAGUUGAUUUUUGGUCUUUUGAAAUGUUUGUACAUCCUGAUUCUUGUACUGGGAUGGUUGGAUUCUGUAAGUUCAUCAUACUCAAUUCAUUUUGCUACUUCAUCAAA